CUGGAGCUGGAGGAUUUGUUGAGUUUUGUAUAGAGUUUUGUUUUUUUUAUAUUUCACACAGGUUUGAACGCAUUUGCUCCUCCUGGUCUCAUUUCCCUUUCUAAGGUGAGAGGUGAAGUUUUUGCAGGGGAUGCUGCUGUGAUUGGGCUGCUCCACCGAUGGUUUUUACGCAGAGAGCAGGGACCCCAGAUAAGUCACCAUCGGUCCUGGGCUUCAAUUGUGAAUAUCAGUAGGUUUGCUGGAAGGAUGUGCACGGUGUAAAAAAAAAAAACCCUGCAUAUUUUUUUCUCUUUUCCUGACUUCAUCCAUCAGCAACCAUAGUGCGCCUUCGUGCGCCUCAGUGACCCAGCAGACGUCCCACUCUGUGCCGGAUCAUGUGGAUUAUUGUGGUGCUGGUCUUGGUGGCGGCGGGUCCCGGUGGGAGCUGGGGGUGUCAGCUGCCCCACGACUGGAGACCGCAGACGGAAGCUUGCCGGGCCGAGCUGGCGGAGAUCAUCGUCUUUGCCAAGGUGCUGGCGCUGCACAAGGAGUCGUACAGUAUGUACAACUACCUGCCGUGGCAGCACGACACCGACCUGCUCUUCUCUGCAGAGAUCGAGUUGCUGUGCGACCAGGCGUGGGGCAGUAUGCUGGAGGUCCCUGCCGGCUCCAGGUUCAAUGUCACCGGCCUGGGAUACUUCCCCUGCUUCUCCUACAGUGUCACCAAAGACAACAACUACUACUUCUUCCUCAGGAUGGAUGAGAACUACAACAUUGUCCCUCAUGGAGUGAAUUUCCAGGACCCCAUCUUUCCCGACACUGCAGACAAUCAUCGCAUGUUUGCCAGCCUCUUCCAGUUUUCCAAUUGCACGCCCGGCACUCAGGUCCACACCUUCACCCCAGAGUGGGAGGCUCAGGAGGACAGCAGGUUGCUGUGCUCCACGGUGCAGAAAGCCCUUUUCGAGGAGGAAGAGAGGGUGAGGACUCUCUCCCAGAAGGUGCGGACCUUGGAGAAAGCCAACGGCCAUCUGCGCGAAAAGGUGAAGACCAUGAAGCGUCUGCUGCGCCAGGCCCAACGAGAAACCUCAAAGGAGCAGCAGACCCUCAACCUCAAACAGCUUUACGAGUCGAAGACACCCCAUCCGGAUCAGGACACUACCCAGGACCAGAAGAACCCUUCACCCAAAAAGGUCCUUUCCAAGAAGCUGAAAAACUAAACUGUUCUAUUGUUGUUAACCCACUUUCACUCCCUAUGAAGCAUCAGUGACAGAGCAGAGUGGUUGAAGGGGGGGGGGGGGUGACACAAGCAAGGAGUGGAUGAAAGUAACAAAUUUGACUUCAAUUACAAUUUCAUUCCUAUUUAAUAUGUUUAUUUAAAAAAGUAACACAUUUCAUGAAACCCCAGCUGAACAACCUGUUGUCUUUAUUUCCUGGUAAAACCUGGGCCAGUAAAACUAUUCUGUACAAAAAGUUGGGGCCAUUAGUCCAAUAUGAUCAGUCCCUCUGCAGUGAACUGUCACCUGUCUCCAUUAGAUUCAUUCAGUGGCAGCACAAUCACUCUCCAAACCUUUCCAAACAUUACAAACUGGCAGAUGAAUUGUUGGAUUAUGUGGAUAAUUUUUUAAGCAUUUGAAAUUAAGGAUCUCUUCUUGAUAAUUCGUUUUUUCUCUGUGCUGGACACAUAAUGCAUUGUUUAAAUGUUGCAAUUGAAUUUCUUAUUUCAGAAAUAUCACUAAAAUGCUCCACAUCAAUGUAGAGGAAUCUGUCUAAUCUUCCGGUCUGAAGAGCACAGGAUGGAGUUUAUCCCUUCUCCUCUGAAGAAACACACAUGCUUUGACUGUGUAUAUGAGUGUACAGACAGAAGAGCAACUGUGGCAAAGAUAAAAUGCUGCAAGACCCACUAUUCUAUCAUCAGUCUUUUCUACCUUUGCCUGGUUUUCAUUUUAUUUUCCAUCUAUUUAUACCCUCAGAAACUAGUUAUUCUUUACAUUCAGUGAACUGCUUCCCAAGAGUGAAUUUUUUCAAUUUCUUCUACAUGUAACACAAAUUGUACUGAAUGAAAACACGGUGCUGAGCACCCAUUGAGUCCAGCCAAUGAGCCUGGCGUGGUACAGGCUUUUUCUGUGUCAGAAAUGAGAGUUUGCUUCAUUAUACUUUCUAUAUUUGCUUUUGUUAUAUAUAUAUAUAUUUUUGUGCUUUCUCUAAACUAUAAACAUGUGGUUUGCUUUGCCAAUAGCAUAAUCAUUUGUGUUACCAGUCAUUGUAGUUUCUUUUUAAUAAAUAAAUGAA